ACAAUCCACCACCAAAAUGAUGACUGCAAUUCCUACUCUCCUGCUCUGUUUCUUAUCACUCAAUCAUGUUUCUGCCCAAGCUACACAGAAACAAAUCAGGGAUUUUGAAGUUCAUAAAAGACAAGAUUGUGACACACAAACAAAUUGCAAUUUGUUCUCUGGGAAAUGGGUCCAUGAUCCCUCCUAUCCUCUCUAUGAGCCUUCAGAAUGUCCUUACGUUUCGAAAGAAUUCGAUUGCAAAGCAAAUGGUAGACCAGAUUCUGGUUAUCAGGAGUGGAGAUGGCAGCCAAAUGGCUGUGAUGUUCCAAGGUUCAGUGCCAGGCGCUUGCUGGAGAAACUGAAAGGGAAGAAAGUAGCUUUUGUUGGUGACUCCAUAACCCAAAACCAGUUUCAGUCUCUGGUCUGCCUUGUCUAUAAAGAGUUUCCAACUACAUUCGUUCCCACCAGUCACUUGAAUAAUAAAUUCAUUUCUACUGAAUAUGAUUUUUCCAUCGAAUUUUUCUGGUCUCCAUUUUUGGUUGAUCUUGAGAUCACUAAUGAGAUGAAAGUAAUUCUUCAUGUGGAUGAGAUCCAAAACAACUCAGUUCAUUGGACAGCUGAUAUCCUCGUCUUUGAGUCAUCUAAAUGGUGGCCAGAAGUUUUGGGCAGACAAAGAUGGGACAUAGCUAUGGAAGGCCAAAAAAAUUAUACCGACAUGAAGCCACUGGUAGCUUACAAGAAGGCACUGACUACAUGGUCACAAUGGGUAUCUUCAAAUGUGAAUCCCCAAACCCUGGUCUUCUUUCGCAGCAACUCAUACAGCCAUUAUAACAGGAAGAGAAGAUGCGCGAGUGAGAAGAAGCCCAUUCAAGAUCCCUCAUACAACCCUCAUCCAACUGUUUACUCCGCCAUACUCCAGCAAGUUCUGAGCACCACUAAAUUUCCAGUAAAAUUCUUGAAUACCUCCCUUAACUCAGCACUUCGCAAAGAUGGGCAUCCAUCAAUGUACACAAAUCUCAACAAUAUUGGACCUGAGCACCAAGAUUGUACCCACUGGUGUUUGCCAGGCAUUCCUGAUAGCUGGAACCAGCUACUUUAUGCGACCUUAUUGGGGGCCUAACCAUUACACCUUAUUUUCUUCGGAUGUGUCUAUUCUGGCUCCAAAACGACAGUACGGAUUGACUAACACACAUGUUAGUUGCGCGUUUUACACCGUCGAUUUUGCGAUUAACGGUUGCUAUUGACUAACUUGUCUCUAACACACUGUACGAAAGGUCCGUUUUGGAGCCAGAAUAGACACAGCCCUGCUCUUCAUGGGUGCAAUCAAAAUCCUCGUCAAUGUAGUUUUAAAAAUUAAAAAACUCAUUUCUGACAAUGGAGUUCCUCGUGAAUGUAGUUUUAAAAAUGAAAUAUCUCAUUACUCUAUCAGAGUAUCUGUUCAGGGUUGUA